AUGUCUGCUAGCCCUUCCUCCACGGCUGGUGGCGACACCAAGCCAUCGGAUCAAAUUCACUUCAAGUUCUGCCGUGAAUGCUCCAACCUGCUCUACCCCAAGGAGGAUCGUGUCAAUAACCAGUUAAUGUUCACGUGCCGCACCUGCCAUGUCGGCGAGCCUGCCUCGUCCCACUGUGUCUACCAGAACCACCUCCAUAGCCAAGUCGGUGAUACUGCUGGUGUUACUCAGGAUGUGACGUCUGAUCCUACGCUCCCACGAGCCAACAAGCUCUGUCCAAGCUGCGGCGAAACCGAAGCCGUCUUUUUCCAAUCACAACAACGAUCCGCCGAAACCGGCAUGAAACUCUACUACGUCUGUUGCGCGUGCGGUCAAGUCUACAUGUGA